AUGUUGAAGAAAUUGGUUGAGAUGGUCAAUUCCGCGAAAUGUUUUACUGUUCUUGCAGAUGAAACGACAGACAUCUCAACACAAAAACAAGCAUCAAUCGGCGUUAGAUACCUAUACAACAAUGAUAUUAAAGAAGAAUUCCUUCAGUUUGUACCUGUUUCUGAUUUAACUGGUAAAAACCUUGCGACAGUCAUUUUGAAAUCAUUACGCGAGUUUGGAAUUGAUACAAAGUAUUUGAGGGGGCAAGGAUAUGAUGGGUCCGCUGCAAUGAGUGGAAAAUUCGAAGGAGCACAUGCAGAUGUAAUGGAAGAGCGUCCGACUGCAAUAUAUUUCCAUUGUGUAUCCCAUAGCUUAAACCUUGCUAUAAGUGCAUCAUGUUCAAUUUCUGAGAUCAGAAAAUGCUGUGGGACUGCAACAAAACUAUGUUUGUUUUUUAACACCCCAAAAAGAAUGGAGGUUAUUACAAGAGCAAUUGAUAAACUGUUCCCUGAAGCCAAAUCUACUCGUCUAAAACAACUCUGUCCAACUAGGUGGGUUGAGCGCCAUGAUUCAAUAUUACUACUUCAAGAAAUGUUACCUGCUGUCCAGGAGGCUCUUGAAGAAGUUUCACAGUGGAAGGAUGUAGAAUUAGCGUCGAUGGCAUCGCAGCUUUUAUGUGGACUUCUGAGCUCAUCCUUUAUAAUCAGUUUGCAAGUGAUGGCUAGAGUAUUUUCCUUAAGUUUACCCCUUGCUCGAUUUUUGCAGCAUGAACAUAUCGAUCUUUUAAAUGCUAUGAACAUGGUGACUAAUCUAAAAGGGACGAUAGAAAAAAUCAGAACCAAUGCUGAAGAAGAAUUCGCAACCAUAUUUAACGCAUCAGAGACUAUGGCUGAAUUACUCAGUACCUCAAUAAAAGCCCCAAGAAGAACUGGACGACAAACUCUUAGGUGCAACAUUGAAACCGACAAUCACAAUCCUCAAUCAUACUUUAAGAUAUCCCUAUUUUUGCCAUUUUUAGAUCACUUUUUAAGUGAAUUAAAUAGUCGCUUUCUGAAACAUUAA